AUGAGGCGGAAAGAGAAGCGGCUUCUGCAGUUCGCCGGGCUGCUCAUAGUGGCUCUGCUCUUCCUCCCCAACGUCGGGCUGUGGUCUUUGUACCGGGACCGAGUGUUCGACAACUCGCCCGACACAGUGGACGCUCCGGGCGGCAUCCCCCUGAUACAGGGGUUAAACCAGGUGAGGAAGGUCGCCCAGGUGGGACUCGACGGCGUGCGGCGGACAGACUGGCACGACUAUGAGGCGAUGAGGAGAGAUGCUGCCCGCUCGGGUAAUGGUGAACAGGGGAAGCCGUUCCCUCUGACAGAGACCGACCGGGUGGACCAGGCCUACAGGGAGAACGGCUUCAACAUUUACGUUAGCAACCGGAUUUCGCUGAACCGCUCCCUCCCCGACAUCCGUCAUCCAAACUGUAAGCAGAAGCUGUAUGCAGAGAAGCUGCCCAACACCAGCAUCAUCAUCCCGUUCCAUAACGAGGGCUGGUCGUCGCUGCUGAGGACCGUUCACAGCGUGCUCAACCGCUCUCCUCCACAGCUCAUAGCAGAGGUCAUCCUGGUCGACGACUUCAGCGACAAAGAGCACCUAAAGGUGGCGCUGGAGGAGUACAUGAUGCGGAUGCCGAAGGUUCGCAUCCUGAGGACCAAGAAGAGGGAGGGGCUGAUCAGGACUCGCCUGCUGGGAGCCGCCUCCGCUAAAGGAGAAGUCAUCACUUUCCUGGACUCCCACUGUGAGGCCAACAUCAACUGGCUGCCUCCGCUGCUGGACCGAAUCGCCCAGAACAGGAAGACCAUCGUGUGCCCGAUGAUCGACGUGAUCGACCACGACAACUUCGGUUAUGACACUCAGGCGGGAGACGCCAUGCGGGGGGCGUUCGACUGGGAGAUGUACUACAAGCGCAUACCCAUCCCUCCGGAGCUGCAGGGGGAUGACCCCAGUGACCCCUUUGAGUCGCCAGUGAUGGCAGGUGGACUGUUUGCUGUGGACAGGAAGUGGUUCUGGGAGCUGGGAGGAUAUGACAUCGGUCUGGAGAUUUGGGGAGGAGAACAGUACGAGAUCUCCUUUAAGGUGUGGAUGUGCGGUGGUAGGAUGGAGGACAUCCCUUGCUCCAGGGUAGGACACAUCUAUAGGAAGUACGUCCCUUACAAGGUCCCUGGUGGGAUCAGCUUGGCAAAGAAUCUGAAGCGCGUGGCGGAGGUGUGGAUGGACGAAUACGCCGAAUAUGUCUACCAGCGUCGGCCCGAGUACCGCCACCUGUCAGCAGGAGACAUGACGGCCCAGAAGGAGCUGAGGAACCGCCUCAACUGCAAGAGCUUUAAGUGGUUCAUGAAUGAGGUGGCCUGGGAUCUGCCCAAACACUACCCACCGGUGGAGCCUCCCGCUGCUGCGUGGGGAGAGAUUCGGAGCGUGGGCAGUGGGAUGUGUAUGGAGAUCAAACACUUUGUGUCAGGGAGCCCCAUCCGCCUGGAGAGCUGUGUGAAAGGGCGGGGCGAGGUGGGCUGGAGUCACGGACAGGUGUUGACAUUUGGUUGGAGGGAGGAUAUUCGGGUGGGCGACCCCAUGCACACGAGGAAGGUGUGCUUCGAUGCUGUCUCCCAUAACAGCCCCGUCACCCUGUACGACUGUCACGGCAUGAAAGGGAACCAGCUGUGGCGCUACAGAAAGGACAAGAGUCUGUAUCACCCCGUCAGUAACAGCUGCAUCGACAGCAGCCCGAGUGAGCGGCGGGUCUUCAUGAACACGUGCGACCCCUCCUCUCUUAGCCAGCAGUGGCUCUUCGAGAGAACCAACGCCACCGUGCUGGAGCACUUCAACCAGGGCACCAACUGAGGCCACUGGACGAUAAGAAGCUACAAGUGAACAUGGUGCUGCUUCAGAAACAUUCCCUGCGGUACAGCAGCGAUCCGGUGAGCUGGCUGAGAGCUGAA